AUGGAAGCGACGCUCCUCCGAGAACUCAACGUGGACGCGCGGCUGGCAGCCGUCGAAGCCAAGGUCGCCGCCUUCCUCGCCGACCAAGAGGCCAUCGUGGCCUCGACGACGCUGGCGCAGCGCAACCAGAUGCGCCGAGCGCUCCACGCCGAAUCCGAGUACAUCCACCUCGACGUCGAGGAAGCGCUUCUGCAUGAGAUCGAGACGGCCGCCGCCGACUCGCCGACCAAGGCCAUGAGCGACGACAUUGCGCAGAGCAAGGACGAGGCCAUGAUCGCGGUCGUCGCGCGCUUCCAUGCGCUGCGGAAGCAAUUGACGCUCGAGAUCCAGCCCGAGGACAAGAGCACGUUUGAGAAGGUGUACAUGGGCGUGCGCCUUGCGUCGUUCGCGAUGCUCUUCUUUGGCGGCUUUGCGAUCUUCUUCUUCCUGAUCCCGCUCCGCUGGACGCACAUUACGCUGCGCAAGAUGGGCGUCAAGAACAACUACCUGCCCGUCGACUUUAUCCAAUGGUGGUUUGGCUGGGCGCUCUGCGCCGUCGGCGGCAUCCACAUCGUCACGGAAGGCACAGACAACGUGCGCGCGCUCAACGGCGGGUCCACAGUCAUGAUGUUCUCGCACGGCUCCAACUUGGACGGUCUCAUGAUCCAGGGCUCGUCCCCUGUCGUGCUCAAGUUCAUCGGCAAGAAGAGUUUGUUUUUGAUCCCGAUUGUCGGCUGGGUCUUCCGCUGGGGCUUUGGCAACAUUCCCAUUGACCGCUCCAACAUUGAGCGCGCCAAGACGAGCUUGAAGCACCUCGCGCGCGCCGUCGUCGACUAUGGCCGGUCGGUCGCCAUCUCGCCCGAAGGCACGCGGUCCAAGUCGGGUCUCCUCCAAGACUUCAAGAAGGGACCGUUCUACCUCCAGUCGGACGCAGGCGCGCCGAUUACGCCGGCGAUUGUCAUUGGCGCCUACGAGCUCUGGCCGCCGGCCCGUAUCUUUACGCUGCCCGGCAAGUGCCUCGUCCGGUACUUGCCGCAGUACCAUGUCGACCCGGCCAAGUCGCGCAACGCGAACCGCCUCGCGCUGCGCCGCAUUUACCUCGAGGCCGGCGCCGCGCCUGUGCCAAACGACCUCUCGAGCCACUCGGACGUGCCCAACUUGCUCUUGCACCUUUGGCUCGUCGCGUCGAUCUGGGCCUUCAUUCCGUCGACGGUGUGGUCGAUCUUUACGUGGAUUGCGUACUUUAACUCGUUCUUUGGCCUCUCGACCUUUGGCACGCUCAAGCUCCUCACGACGGUCAUUGCGAUCCUCGAAGGCGUCAUGUUUUACUCGUGCUAA